AUGCUUGUAAAUCAGACCCGUUUCGCAGAAUCGUUGACUCCAUCGCUUCCAUCAACACCAGUGUCGCAGCAUCUGCAACCACCAUUAUUCAACCAGAAAUUUUCUCAGCUCAUCGACUCCUUGCGCGAUGAACUCAAGGGACACGGCCUCACAUCAGCCGAUAUAGACAUCAAGAAAAUCAAGCAGAUCAUGGAGCUGUACCACUCGGAUCCCGCGGACUGGGCCCACUUGGCACUCCACGACCCUUCGAGAAACUAUUCGAGAAACGGAAUCGUCAACAUCAACGGCAAUGCCAACCUCUUGAUUCUCGUGUGGUCGCCUCGUCGCUCGAGCGCCAUCCACGACCACGCCAACGCCCACUGCUGCAUGAAGAUCCUACAGGGUGAGCUCACCGAGUCCCUCUACAGAUUGGACUCCGAGUCCAAGCCCCAGUUGUUCCAAGAGACUACAUUGAACAAGCAGGACGUGGGCUACAUUGCCGAUGAUAUCGGGUUGCACAAGAUCACCAAUACCCUGAAUGAAGCUAGUGUCAGUUUGCACUUGUAUACCCCGCCUUAUGCCUCGAUGUACGGCUGUUCCAUGUAUGAGUUAAACGGCACCAAGCACCAUGUGGAUAUGAGCAAGUAUUACAGCUGGCAAGGAAAAUUAAUCGAUGCUGAUGGCUUGCAUUCACUGAGCUGCUAG